CGCAUCUCAGCCAUCUCCUUCCCUUCAAAGCAGGCAGACCUCCUGAACCGUCUCAGCCACGAUGCUCAGAAACAGCAGCAUGUCCAUCUCCUCGGGAGGCCUGGGUGGCUCCCGGAUGCAGAUGCAGUACGCCUCCAGCGUGUACGGAGGCGCAGGCGGGAGCGGAAUGAGGAUCUCCUCAGCCUCUCGUGGCUUUGAAGCUGCAGGUGGGAGUUAUGGUUUUGGUUCAGGGGGGGAGAUGGACAUCCACGUUGGAGCCAACGAGAAGGCCACCAUGCAAAACCUGAACGACCGUCUGGCCUCCUACCUGGAGAAGGUGCGCAAACUCGAGCAGGCCAAUGCCGAUCUGGAGCUGAAGAUCCGAGAGUACCUUGAGAAGAAAACUGGCCCCACCGCCCGGGACUACUCGGCUUAUGAGGCCACCAUCGCUGAGCUGCAGGGAAAGAUUCAGGAAGCUAUUCAGAAAAAUGGAACCGUCCUUUUGGCCCAGGAGAACGCAAAGCUGGCAGCCGACGACUUCAAGACCAAGUUUGAGAAUGAGCUUGCCAUGCGUCAGUCGGUGGAAGCAGAUCUUGGCGAGCUAAGGAGAGUUCUGGAUCAGCUGACGUUGACCCGGUCUGACCUGGAGAUGCAGAAAGAAAGCCUCCAAGAGGAGCUGGUGUUCCUUAAAAAGAACCACCAGGAGGAAAUGGAGGCGAUCAGGGCCCAAAUGAGCGGUCAGAUCAAUGUGGAGGUGGACGCCAAGCCACAGCAAGACCUGAACAAGAUUAUGGAUGAGAUCCGCGAGCAGUACGAGGCUGUGGCUGCAAAGAACCAGAAAGAACUUCAAGCCUGGUUUGAUGCAAAGUCGACGGCACUGAACAAAGAGGUGGCGGUGAGCUCAGAGACUCUCCAAACAUCCAAAACAGAAAUCACCGAUCUUCGUCGCACAUUGCAAAACCUUGAGAUCGAGCUACAGUCACAACUCAGCAUGAAAUCAAGGCUGGAAGAGAAUCUGGCUGAAACACAAUCCCGAUACGCUGCGAAGCUCCAAGGCUUCCAGAUGCAGGUGGAGCUUCUGGAGGAGCAACUGAAGCAGCUGCACAGCGACAUGAAACGGCAGAACCAAGACUACGCGAUGCUGCUCGACAUCAAGACGCGGCUGGAGCUGGAGAUCGCAGAGUACAGGAGGCUGCUGGACGGAGAGGCCAGCGCUGGCAGCUCAGGAAGCUCAGGAAGCAGCACGGCUAAAAAGGUCAUCGUCUACACAGAGGAGGUGAAGGACAGAAAAGUCUCAUCCAGAACCUGAAACACGAGGCGUCAUCUGGAAGCACAAUGCCGUUCACUUCCUCUAAAAAAUACCUACGUGAUGCAAUAAAAGCCUCUCAGUUCGCCA